UACACGUACAUAAUAUCGUCAUCUAAGGAGCAUAGUAGGGUAUAUAUAUGUGUGUGUGUGUGUGUGUGUGUAUUUUUAUAGAGAGCGAGAGAUAAUUAUGUACUAUUUUGUGGAAUUUAGAGUAACAGUGAUGAUAUCAAAAUAUAAAAUAACACAAAUAUGGUACUAUACAGAGACCAAAACAGUUGAUACAGUUUUACACAUUCCUGUUUGUUCUCAUAAGCAUCUUUAUGGGGAGCCACUUGAGAUGCUUGUUGCUGAAAACCACAUCUUUGGUGCAUUAAUUUGUUUUGUUGUAAUCUCUUACCACAAGCCAAAACCAACACAAAGAUGGCGAAUCACCCCAAAACAAACCAGUUACUGAAAACGACACACGACAAAACAGAACCAAGCUGUAACACACAUUACAACUAACAUCAGUUACAUUAAAACAUUUAAACUAAAUAAAGGCUGAGGAGCACGGCAUUCUGGGAGUCCUCUAAGCACUCCUCUCCGCCCUCCCAGUUAGCCCAAACCUUAAGGCCGUUGGCGGCGCCACAGUAUUAAGAAAAGAUAAGGCGUAAUCAGUCGUUUCCAACCCUUUGACUGACUGUGUCCAUUUGUCUCCUCCGCCGGGCUGUAGCGCCGCUGUCUACCAGUAGCGGGCAGCAACGGGCCGAACAGCAGCAGCAGCAGCUGUGGAGGAGGAGGAGGCCGUGUAGGGGGGUAUCUGGUUGUAGAUGUGGUGGAGGGGGCGACUCUGGGCGGUUUGGGUGCCACUGUCACUGAGCACAGCAGCACAGAGGACUAGCUCUGAAUCAUGGCCACCGACGCAAUAUCGGCGUGCACCGGAUCCAGCUUGCUACAGCCGAUAAGCGAAAUAAUCAACCUCCCGUUAGACCAGGUGAAUUUCGUGGUGUGUCAGCUGUGUGCGCUCCUCACAGCCUUCUGGUUCCGCCUCUACCUGCACCCUAGUAAGACAAGUCCCUUCGUCCGACAUGUGGUGGCCACGCUGCUGGGCUUAUACUUCGCCCUCUUCUGCUUUGGCUGGUAUGCGCUCCAUUUCCUGGUGCAGAGUGGCAUCACCUAUGGCAUCAUGAUCUUGGCUGGAGUUGAGCACAUGCACAAAUACUGUUUGGUUUUUGCCCUGGCUUACCUCAGCUUCUGCCAGAUCACGCGGGUGUAUGUCUUUGACUAUGGCAUGUACUCAGCUGACUUCACAGGGCCCAUGAUGGUCAUCACACAGAAGAUCACCAGUGUGGCCUUUGAGAUUCAUGACGGAAUGGCCCGGAAAGAAGAUCAGCUCACUCAGAGUCAAAAGCUGUUGGCCAUACGGCGGAUGCCCAGUCUCCUGGAGUACUUCAGCUAUAACUGUAACUUCAUGGGCAUGCUAGCCGGCCCCACCUGCUCCUACAAUGAUUACAUCGCCUUCAUUGAGGGCAAACCCUUUCGUCACAGAGAGCAAGAGACGAAUGGGAAGCUGCAGGGGAAAACCAGACUAAACGACCCUUCACCUAAUACGGAAGUUCUCCGCAAGCUGGCCACCUGCUUCAUCUCUCUGUCAGUCUUUCUCUCCGUCUGCAAAGUUUUUCCUGUAGAGCGCAAUGUCGAUGAUGACUUCAUUGCCACCACACCCUUCUACGCCCAGGUGGUCUACCUGUAUCUGUCCAUGCUGACCACCCGUCCUAAAUACUACUUUGUUUGGACUCUGGCUGAUGCUAUUAACAAUGCAGCUGGCUUUGGCUUUAAUGGCUAUGACAGUGAUGGAUUGCCACGAUGGGACCUCAUCUCCAACCUGAGGAUAAUGAACAUUGAGUUAGCCACCAGUUUUAAGGUGUUCCUUGAUAACUGGAAUAUACAGACUGCACACUGGCUCAAAAGGGUGUGUUACGAGCGCUGUCCUUAUAACCCCACGGCCGCCACCUUCCUGCUCUCGGCAAUGUGGCAUGGAGCUUAUCCAGGCUACUACCUCACCUUCCUCACAGGCAUCGUGGUCACACUGGCUGCCAGAGCGGUGAGGCACAAUGUAAGGCCAUACUUCUUGGGUUCACCAACACACAAAUUUGUGUAUGACGUCAUCACGUGGGCCAGCACACAGAUAGCCAUCUGUUACACUGUGGUGCCCUUUGUGUUACUUUCUGUGGGUCCGUCCCUCAAAUUCUACAGGUCUUGGUACUUUUCUGGGCACAUAGGCUGUGUACUGCUGGCCAUAGCUCUGCCGGUGAAGCCUCGGCAUCUGCGGCUGAAGGAGCAGCAGAGCCUUUCCUCAAGCUCCGACUCCACAGACAGCCAGAAACAGAAAGCCACAUGAGCCCAGACCCUGCACCCCCACUGCGGCACAGAACACACUCAGAUCGGCCAGCGCUCCUACUCUGCAGCCACCCACGCGGAGAGUCAGACGAUUAAAACUCAAAAACAAACAUCCAAACAUCCAGCCUCUGCCUGGACUCGUCCGGUGGGGCGUCAUACUAAUCUCGGCUCUAAAUGGCGGCGCCAGGACUUGGCAUUGACUUGAGGGGAAGGGUUUGAUGGGUUUGAAUCUGACUGGUGGCAGCGUUACGAUGAGCAGCAAGUGAAGCUCUGAUGUACAGAAAUAUGCAAACCUGCCUUUACGCUCCCCAUUGCCACCACAGGCAUUGUUACUUUAACAUGCAGGAUUUGUUUUGGGUAUGUAUAUAGCAUUACCUUGCAGGAGACAGUGCCACCAUUAGAAUGAAGCUGAUGAUGGUGUUUCUAAACACUUUCAAUGUUUGUGAUGAUAACAAAACACCUAUUCAAAUAAAUUAUUUGAAAGUGGGGGAAAAAAACAUCCAGUGACAGACAAUAGCUUGCCGCCAUGCCAAUAUGUCAAUGUGCAUUUAGUCAUUAUUUCCCCAUUCAUCUUUUACUCUCUUGAGUUAGGCUUAAAGAAAGCCUUCUCUUCUUCUCAAAGACGCUGUAAGUUCAUUUGGAGAUUUAAAUCCAUGGCAGUGCCAUCGUAACAAGGUUCUUCAGUCCAUGUCAUCUUUAGUAUAGUGUGUGUGAACAUCUCUUGUGCAUGAGGUUUGCAUAUCUUCAGAUUUGCCCCAUGGCAUAAACACUGCAGACCCGUCUCUGCUGAUUCAACAUGAUGCUUUAAAAAGCAUUUUCAGCACAUUCCAUUCUAAAGUUCAGUUUCUUUUCAGUUCUAGAAACACACUUUCUAAUGAUAAUAUUUCAGAAUUAGCCUGAACUGAGAAAAAGGCUGUGGAUUUGAAAUAUUUGCCCAGACACUCAAAGCCCAACUUCAGAUUUCAUGUUUUUUUGUAAAUUAUGUGAUUAAAAGAAAACCUUUUGCAACUAGA